AUGCCUGAUGUGCAGGAGCCCAGUGUGACCUUUGACCCCAUCACUGCUGUCGGAGUCGUGGCCUCCAAGAACGCAGCACCCGAACACUACCAUGUGGUCGGCCAGACAGCAGAUGGGGGCGAUGCUGACCUCUGGAAGGACGGAAUAUUCAAAUCCAAGGUCACCAGAUACCUCUGCUUCUCUCACACACACUCACCUGGCACCGCCCCUGGUGAGAUGGUGUUGGUGGAGGUGAAGCUUCUGGAUGUGAAGGAUGCCUUGCCAACAGACUACACACUCAUACAGACCACUAUGGACACCCACUCAGCAUAG